AGUAACAAUUUGGACCCUCUCCUUGAACUUACAAUGGUUUGUCACUAAACGACGUAGUCUACUUGGAAUUCUUUCUGAUUAUUUUUCUGAUAAUUCUGUCCUCAUUAAUUGUAUUAUUAUUAUUUUAUUAAAUUAAAUGUCGCCAUAAUAAGCAUUUUGUCAUCUUGAUAGGAAGGAUUAUAGUACGGAUUUUCAUGGAGCCUAUUUAUUGGUGAAUACAGACAUCUAGCGUACAGAUUGUACACUUUCGCGUCUGAAAAAAUAGUGGAGCCUAGUCCGGAGCCAGUCCACGUUUUCAGACUUACUUGUACUUGAAGUGUUUAUAAACAUGGGGACAGCCACUGGUCAGCAGGCCCGGACGUCAUCACCUUCGAUUCUUUAAACAUACUUGAGCAUUGACAAUGCCGAGAUUAUUGAACUAAAAAUAUUCCUCGGCACAUCGAAUUCGUGAAUAUAAGCUAAAUCAACGAUCUUAAAACACUUUUACUAACACAGAAACACUCCAGAAGUGCCACAUGUAACGCACGUGUCGUCCGGUUCCAGGAACUGCAACUAUAUUAACUAAUUGUUGCCCAGUGUUCUUAACGGUGAAACAAGUUAGAUUCAUGAUUUUUCAUAUGAUCAGAUAUUAUUACUAUUGAUAAAUAAAGGGUAUGUGAGUGUGUCCUCUGCCAGAGAAUGUCACUGGCGUACUAAUGUCCCUAAUCUACAGUGUAAGAACCCAAAUACACCAAAGCACCCGAAGCGUAGGCUACUCAGUCUAACAGCGAGCCUGGACCUGCAAAUCCAUUACGUGAAUUACCACUCUCCCUGUUCAUGUUGUGACUACCAUCAACAGCAACCAAGUGAAGCCUUCCAGCCCUCAGCCAUUGCGUUGAAAUUCCCUUUGAAUUGCACGAGAAGAUGGCUGAUUUCGGAGAUGAUACAGGAGCACGGGCCUUGCUAGCGCUGAAGUCUGCACCAUGUAGCCCUGUCAGAGUGGCAAUUCCACCCAUGUUUACGCACUCGUCGAAUUCGGCUGGGAUCACAUCCAUGUCCCACUCACCUCCAGCACCGGCCCUUGCACGUCUGGAAGGCAGGGACUUCGAGUUUGUAAUGCGCCAGAGGACAGUGACGGUGGGCCGGAAUUCAUCGCAUGGUUCCGUAGAUGUCAACAUGGGUCAUUCUAGCUUCAUAUCCAGGCGGCAUUUGCAGAUCGCAUUUGAAGAGCCCAACUUUUAUCUACGUUGUCUGGGAAAGAAUGGCGUGUUUGUGGAUGGUGUGUUUCAGAGGAGAGGGGCUCCGCCGCUUCAAUUACCACACGAAUGCACGUUUCGGUUCCCAAGCACGGUUAUUAAGAUUCAGUUUACUACGAUCUACCACAAGGAGGCCCUGAAGGACGAUGCCCCUGUCUCCCCGGUGAGACCCCUCUAUCCCCAGAUCUCACCGCUGAAAAUCAACAUUCCUGACACCGACUUCAGAACCAUGAUGAGUCCACUGCCCUCACCCACAGGAACCCUCAGGUAUCUAAAAAGGCCUUUCCUCCUCUAGCUCAACUACCAGCGCGAACAUUGUGAGGUUUCUGGCCUGUAUCCUGAGGGAUUGCAGACACUGUUUACAUGUACUGUCCUCAGCAAGUCAGUUUGGGUUUGAAGUGGAGACUGCACUUGCGUGUGAGACAGCAUUGGUAAGAGGUAGAUGGACACCAGCUCUCUGAAAUCAUUGCAGGACUUGUGCGAUUGUGAGGGUGAAUAUUUUGUCACGGUCAACUAUUAGCGCCGAUCAUUUGAGCUUUGGGAAAUGCACUUCAGAUGCAAGUACAUUUUUAUCAUGAUUUUGUCAUUUAAAAACUGAAGGGAGUAGGUGGGGAAGGUUGGUCUUUCAGCUGGAGCAGGUGGCUGUUGGCAUGGCAGUUGUCAAAGAGUAUCUUGGCUAUUGAACUUGAUUUGGCAACAGUCCUCUUAUUUAUAGACUAAAUAAUUUCAUUCAUUUGAUCUUUCUUCAUUCAUUCAUUCAUUCAUUCAUUCAUUCAUUCAUUUGCUUUGCACAUCGAUCUGUUUGUCCCUGAUCUUAGAAUUCUUAUCCAACGCCAUCCAUCCGUGUCUAGUUCCGAGUUAUCAAGUGGAAGCCCGUCAGCACCGUGGCUAACCAAACAACCAUGGUUCGGUUAUUUCGGGGCCUCCUGAGCAGUUCCAUUACAUAAAGAGUUCUGCAAAGCCUUUCAGGGUCCCAUCAGAACAUUAUCCUGGCCCAAAUACAGUGUUUUACGUGGUACUGUCCAUGUACUGUCUGAAAACUCGAACAGAUUUAUUAUGGUGCAUUGAAAGUAGAAUCCCUGCUAACCUAAGGCUGAUUAUGCUGCCUAGAGGGUCUUGGAAGCUCCAUCUUCGUAUAAUGUUUCUGUCAUCAGAACUGUCUGAAAUGAAAACAUUAUUUUUUCCUCUUGCAAAGUUCACUCUAUUGUUUUCAGAGUCUAAAAAUCUU